GGCUAUGUCAGGUACGACAGCCCAGACGGAAGCGGCUUCAGCUCGUCUUCAAGUUCAAGACGGACCAGACUGAUGGAAUGAUAUUCUAUGCCUCGACGGCAGAUCAAAGCAGUUAUCUCUCACUCUCCAUGGCUGAAAGUGCACUCAUCCUUCGUGCAUUCCCGGGAGGAGAGCUCACCACAGGUUCCUUCGAUAGAUACAACGACAGUGAAUGGCAUGUGGUCAUUGCAACGCGUGAACAUAAUGUUCUUCGUCUUGACAUUGAUGAUUACAAGUCUUACAGGGUCGAUGUGCAAAAACGGGCCAUUCCACUCGACGGUCCGGUGUUCUUCGGUGGCGUACCAGACACUUACAGCAUUGCAGCGGCAGCCUCUGCAACCGAUACUAAUUUCUACGGGUGUAUUGGAGAUGCUACUCUCAACGGCCGUGUUGUCAACUUCGCUCAGAGCACAGAACGCCCAAGAGCUCUUCUGCAGAAGUGUCCGAUAUUCAAGAGCACUGCUCUCUUCCAGACUCCAUCUCUGGAGGAAACUCGUCCUUCAGUGACGCACCCAAUCCUCCGAGAUCGCUGUGCUCUCCCGUGGAGCCAGCGACAGAAGAAGUCGACGAAACCUCCGGGUUCAGAUUCGAUCCUGAAUUCUCUGGUGGAUAUAACUUUGGUGAGUUAUUUGACGUUUGCUUAUGAAGUUAAUUGGUGUGCGAGUUUUAGCCUUCGUCAUGGACAGAGCAUUGCCACAGCUUAGUGCUUCAAGCUUGGGAAAGGCCAUAUUUAACUUCCUUGCAAUUAACGAUUUAUUUUGUCACAGUUCUUUCUCAUGAGAGCAUAAGAUUGUAUUAUCA